AUGGAAAGCACCAGCGUGAAUAAUAUCGACAUUAACCACUUUGGCCCACAAGUCCAAAGCAUCAUUCAAGAAGCCUUUAAAACAUGUGUACAUCAAUCAGAAAGGGCAUGUCAACGUAACUACAUUCCAGCCAUCGUGAUGGCAGUACUGAUUUUUAACGCUCUUGUGUUUUUUGGCAACAAGCUAGGAAGAAACUUUUUAAUUCAACUGUAG